AAUCCUUUCUCACACUUUAUGAAUCUGCAAGGGUGGUCUCAGAUAGACAAAAGAACCUGUUGGCAUGGACAUGCAGGGGGAGGCCUCCAUUCAGAUCCGAAGGAAGCGUUGAAAGAAAUAGAUGGUGGAAGGAUCCUCAAAGCAAUGCUUUCGUAUGUCUGGCCCAAAGACCGGCCUGAUCUUCGUGCCAGAGUUGCCAUAUCGCUAGGAUUUUUAGCAGGUGCAAAGACUAUGAACAUAGUGGUUCCCUUCAUGUUUAAAUAUGCAGUAGACAACCUCAACCAGCUGUCUGGAAAUGUUCUGAACCUGAGUGAUGCACCAAAUACAGUUGCAACCAUGGCAACAGCUGUUCUGAUUGGAUACGGCAUCUCACGAGCGGGUGCUGCUUUAUUUAAUGAAGCCAGAAAUGCCGUCUUUGGAAAAGUAGCCCAAAGUUCCAUCAGGAGGAUAGCAAGAAACGUCUUCCUCCACCUGCAUAACCUGGACUUGGGCUUCCAUCUGAGUCGGCAAACCGGAGCAUUGUCCAAAGCCAUUGAUCGAGGAACCCGAGGCAUCAGCUUUGUGCUCAGUGCACUAGUGUUUAAUCUGGGCCCUACCUUGUUUGAAGUGGCACUCGUGAGUGGAAUUUUGUAUUAUAAAUGUGGUGCACACUUUGCACUCGUAACCUUGGGGACCUUAGGAGCAUACGCAAUGUUCACCAUAGGAAUUACACAGUGGAGAACUAAAUUUAGGAUUGAAAUGAAUAAAGCAGAUAAUGAUGCAGGUAAUGCUGCAAUUGACUCUCUGCUGAAUUAUGAAACUGUGAAGUACUUCAAUAAUGAAAUUUAUGAAGCCCAACGGUAUGAUGGGUUUUUGAAGACCUACGAAAAUGCCUCACUGAAAACUACCUCCACGUUGGCUCUGCUUAAUUUUGGACAGAGUGCUAUAUUCAGCAUCGGAUUAACAGCCGUCAUGGUGCUGGCUAGCAAGGGAAUUCUUGCAGGUAACUUAACUGUUGGUGACCUGGUCAUGGUGAAUGGAUUGCUGUUCCAGCUUUCCUUGCCCCUCAACUUCCUGGGAACGGUAUAUAGAGAGACGAGGCAGGCGCUCAUAGACAUGAACGUAUUGUUUACGCUGCUUAACGUAGACACUAAAAUCAAAGAUAAAGAACUGGCUCCACCCCUGCAGAUCACACCACAGACUGCUACCAUCGUCUUUGAUAACGUGCAUUUUGAAUACCUUGAGGGGCAGAAAGUCCUCAGUGGCGUGUCUUUUGAAGUCCCUGCAGGAAGAAAAGUGGCCAUUGUAGGAGGCAGUGGGUCAGGGAAAAGCACAAUUGUAAGAUUAUUAUUUCGCUUCUAUGAACCUCAGAAGGGAGGGAUUUAUAUCUCUGGCAAGAAUAUACAGAAUGUCAGUUUGGAGAGCCUGCGGAAGGCUUUAGGAGUUGUGCCCCAGGAUGCUGUUCUCUUCCACAAUACCAUCUUCUACAACCUCCAGUAUGGCAAUAUCAAUGCCUCUGCAGAAGACAUCUAUGCUGUGGCAAAGCUAGCAGGAAUUCAUGAUGCUAUUCUCAGAAUGCCCAAUGGGUACAACACACAAGUAGGCGAGCGAGGUCUGAAGCUGUCAGGAGGUGAAAAGCAGAGGAUUGCAAUAGCCAGGGCAAUCUUGAAGAAUCCUCCCAUUAUUCUCUAUGAUGAAGCAACUUCAUCUUUAGAUUCCAUUACAGAAGAGAACAUCUUGAAUGCCAUGAGGGACAUUGUCAGACACAGAACAUCCAUCUUCAUCGCACACAGGUUGUCAACAGUGGUUGAUGCUGAUGAAAUAAUUGUCCUGGAUCAGGGGAAAGUUGCAGAGCGUGGCAAACAUAUCGAUCUGCUUACCAGUCCCAGCAGUCUCUACUAUGAGAUGUGGCACACGCAGAGCAGCCGGAUGAUGAAUAGAAGCACCAGUGAGAGAUGGGAGGAGAGAAACAAUCACAUGUCCAAAGAGGAGGAAAGGAAGAAACUGCAAGAAGAAAUAAUCAACAGUGUGAAGGGCUGUGGGAAUUGCUCCUGCUGAGUCUGAGU